CGACUUGAUGGCAAUAGGUUUGGGUUUUUUUGGACUACUAAAAAGUAUUGUUCAGUAGUUAAUACUUACAUUAACUAUUAGUGAACUAAUGAUAAAAGUAGUUAAUUUUUAAAAAUUAACUGUGCUUGUUAAGUAGUAUGAUACAGGCAAAUCAGUAAGGAGAUGUAGUAGAGAAAUAGAAAAUCCAGAUAUUUCAAACAUAUAGGGGGAGGUAGUAUGAGAAAGAUGGCAUUUCACAUCAAUUGAGGAAAUGUACAUUAUACAACAUGUGGUAUUGCUAAAACAACAGACCAUACGGGGGAAAAACGUUCACAAGGCAAAAAUACUUGGUCAUACGAGAAACUAAGAAAAAUUAUUUGCAACUUAGAACAGGUAAAGGGUUAAUUUCCUAAAUUUUUAGAAAAAGAGAGAAUGCCAAAUAAUUAGGAAAUGAAAACCCACUAGAAAAAUAGGCGUACUAUAAGGAAACAAAAAAAUUCUUAAAUGCCUUAGAAGAUUAUUCUCAGUUAUAAGAAACAUAUCAAUCAGAACUAUAAUAGAGACCUGAUCGGCAAAGAUUACAAAGUUAUCAUCAGCUGUAUUCAUCAGGUUGUGGGGAGUCAAAUAUUCUCACACAUUCCUGGUAAUAGUGUAAGGUGGUAGAAGGUCCAUGAAGAGCACUUUGAAACUAUGUCACAAACCUGUGCUGCAUGGGUGACGGAAGGCAGAGCUGCAGGGGCAAAGCAUGGUGUUCCCCCUCUCCAGGUUACAACAGGGUGCCCAGAAUCCAUUCAGCUUCACCAAGAGACUGGAUUCUGGCACUGCGGAAGGAGGAGGAUUUGUCCAUUCUCUCACAGAUCUUGCUGCUGGGUUUGUGGGGGAUACACAGAGUGUGCAGGUACUAAACCGGGGAAAAUUGAUGCAGAUUUACCUGAGAGUUAUUCUGGGAGAUAUUCAAGUCAAGUGUGGUUUCACAUGAUUGUUUGGUCUCACAUGGUUCCUUAUAUCCUUCCAUCUCUGCCUUUUCAGAACUCCUCCCAGAGCUCAAAAGAGAAAGUUUCAUCUCUUGCAAAUCUCAAAGCCAUGUCUCAGGGGUCAGUGUCAUUCAAGGAUGUGACUGUGGACUUCACCCAGGAGGAGUGGCAGCAACUGGACCCCGCUCAGAAAGCGCUCUACAGGGAUGUCAUGCUGGAAAACUAUUGUCACCUCAUCUCUGUGGGGUGUCACAUGACUAAACCCGACAUGAUCCACAAGUUGGAACAAGGAGAAGAGCCAUGGACAACAGAGAGAGUUUAUCCAAGUCACGCCUACCUAGAAGAAGAUGGAAAAGCUGAAGAUGUUUUAGUGAAAAUCAGAGAAUAUCAAGACAAGCAUUCCCGAUCAGGUGUAUUCAUCAACCACAGAAAACUAAUUAAGGAACGAAGUAAUAUUUAUGGAAAAACAUUUACUCUAGGCAAGAACCGUAUUACUUCAAAAACAUUAUGUGAAUAUAAAACUGAUGGAAAAGUUUUGAAAAAUAUAUCAGAAUUAGUCAUUAGAAAUAUAAACUCUAUAAGAGAGAAAUUUGGUGAGAGUAAUGGAUGGGAGAAAUCACUCCUCAAUACUAAGCAUGAGAAAAUUCAUCCUGCAGUGAAUCUCCAUAAACAAACAGAGAGGAGUCUCAGUUGUAAACAGGAGCUUAUUCAACAUCAGAAGGUCCAAACUCCAGAAAACCUAUUAGAACAUAAUGAAUGUGAAAAAUCCUUUCUUAUGAAAGGAAUGUUAUUUACACACACCAGAGUUCACAGAGGUAGAAGACCAUUUGAAUACAAUAAAGAUGGAAUAGCCUUCAUCCAGAAGUCAAAUAUUGAUGUCCAUCCACAAACUCUUAUGGAAAAGAAGCCCUAUUCAUACAGUAAAUACGGGAAGUUCUUCUGCAGGAAGUCUGUUUUUAUAAUGUGUGAGAGAUCACAGGCAGAGGAGAAACCCUUUCAAUGUCCUUACUGUGGGAAUGGCUUUAGGAGGAAGUCAUACCUCAUUGAACAUCAGCGAAUUCACACAGGUGAAAAGCCUUAUGUUUGUAGUCAAUGUGGGAAGGCCUUCCGUCAGAAGACAGCCCUCACACUUCAUGAGAAAACACAUAUAGAGGGGAAACCCUAUAUUUGUAUUGAUUGUGGGAAGUCCUUCCGCCAGAAGGCAACCCUCACUAGACAUCACAAAACACAUACAGGAGAGAAAGCCUAUGAAUGUACUCAGUGUGGGAGUGCCUUUAGAAAGAAAUCAUACCUUAUUGAUCACCAGAGAACUCACACAGGAGAGAAACCAUAUCAAUGUAAUGAAUGUGGGAAGGCAUUUAUCCAGAAGACAACUCUCACUGUACAUCAGAGAACUCACACAGGAGAGAAACCUUAUAUUUGUACCGAAUGUGGGAAAUCCUUCUGCCAAAAGACAACCCUAACUCUCCAUCAAAGAAUUCAUACUGGGGAAAAACCCUAUAUUUGUAAUGAAUGUGGGAAGUCCUUCCGCCAGAAGGCAAUCCUCACUGUUCAUCACCGAAUACAUACAGGAGAGAAAUCCAAUGGAUGUCCUCAGUGUGGAAAAGCCUUUAGUAGGAAGUCAAACCUCAUUCGCCAUCAGAAAACUCACACAGGAGAGAAACCAUAUGAGUGUAAAGAAUGUGGAAAGUUCUUCAGUUGUAAGUCAAACCUCAUUGUCCAUCAUAAAACUCACAAGGAGAAACUGUAGGAAUUUAGUAAAUGAUGUGACUUUUUUGGUAAAAACUUUUUAAGUCAUAGUAGACCUGAUACCCUGUUUAUAAGUAUAAUACUCCACAGUUUAAGGUACUAUAUCACAUAUUUACCUACUGUUUGUUAACCUAUAUAACGUAAAAAAUGAGUUACUAGACAAAUGACAAAAGUCAUUGAAAAUUGAAAGUGACAAGCCAGGUUUUUUAUUAUUAGGUGAGGUAGACAUAAACUUCUCUGUCAAAUUGCUAGGGGUCCUGAUGGUGCAGUGGUUAGAAGCUUGGCUGCUAACCAAAAGGUCGGCAGUUUGAAUCCACCAGCUGGUCCUUGGAAACCCUGUGGGGCAGUUCUGCUCUGUCUUAUAGGGUCGCAAUGAGUCAGAAUCUACUUGAUGGCAAUGGGUUUCAUUUUGUUUAUUUUCAAAUUUCUAUAAACAUGUAAAAUUACUUAUUUCAAUACAUAUAUUCUUGUGAACCUGUAAUAAACAGUUGGCUAACUGGCACUGUUCCAUGAAGUGUGAACUGUAUUUCUCAUUGCAGUAUGGAACAAAAAUUAGUUGUAACCUCCUCGGAGUUAACCACAGUUCUGACUUCUAACAUUAUAAAUUAAUUUUUGCAUAUUGUAAAGCUAUAUAAAUUAGGAAAUACACUGUGUAUAAGGAGCCCCGGUUGCACAAUCGUUAAGCUCUUGGCUGCUAAUCGAAAAUUUGGCCGUUCAAACCCGCCCAGCCAUUCCAUGGGAGAAAUACCUGGUGAUCUGCUUCUAUAAAGAUGACAGUCUAGGAAACCCUAUGGGGCAGUUCUACUCUGUCCCAUAGGGUCGCUAUGAGUCAAAAUGGACUCAACGACACCUAACCACAACACCAUCGUUACGUAUUUUUUCAUACAUGGAUGUUCCGCUCAUCAUUACUUCUCAAAGACUCAUCAUGAUGGCAUGUGGCAGAAGUUCGUUUAUGUUCAUUCUGUGUAGAAGUGUAUUAUAUGACUAUAUCACCAUAUUUUGUUGUUGAUGGAGUUUUUCAUUGCUUACAACUUAGGGUCAUAAAAAAUGCCUCUGUGAACAUAUUUGUCUUUGGGCAUACAUAUGUAUGCAUUUCUCUUGUGUAUGUACCUGAUAGUGGAAUUGCUGGGUUUUUUACAGCGUAUGUGGAGCCCUGGUGGUACAGUGUAAGAGCUCAGCUGCUAACCAAAAGUUCAGCAUUUCAAAUCCACCAGCUGCUCCUUGGAAA